AACUAGUAGAAUCUUUUCGGCAGUCUGUGAAGCGAGGAAGCAUUUUAAGAUGUGGAAUUCAAAAUUUAUUUUAGUGCUGUUGGGUUUAUUAAUCAGUGUUAGUGCUAAUCCAUUAAUAGAUUCGAAUAAUGUGCAAGGCUAUAGACUUCCAAAUAAUACAGUGCCAAUAAGCUAUGACUUACAAAUUGACACGCACAUCCACGCAAACAGUUUUGGAUUUGAGGGAAAUGUAAAAAUUUAUGUGAAAAUUGUUGAACCUACAAACUCAAUCACUCUGCAUUAUCGUCAGAUUGAAAUUCUAAAAAUAGACAUUUUAUUGGCCAACGGAAUUCCAGUGAUCCUUAAUUCUAUUUUUAAUUUAAUAGCAUCACGCGAUUUUGUUGUUAUCAGCUUACCGAGAGUCUAUCAAGCAGGUACAGAAUUAUUACUUGAUAUUUCUUAUCAAGGAGCUCUUCGUAGUGAUGCUGCUGGAUUUUAUCGUGCAAGUUACGUGGAAGGAAAUGUCACAAGAUGGUAUGCAGCCACACAGUUCCAAAUUGACUAUGCACGUCAUGCAAUGCCUUGUUUUGAUGAGCCUGGAAUGAGAGCAAUUGUAAGGCUGUCAGUGAGACAUGGACGUGCUUAUAGUGCUAUUGCUAACACAGAUGUUGCCGAGUAUAUCCAAGAUGGAAGUUAUGUCAUUACUAAGUUUGCAGACACUCCAGCCAUUCCAACAUAUCUUCUUGCAUUUAUUGUGUCUGAUUUUGGAUAUGUCAAUGCAACUAAUUCGAGAGUUCCACAAAAACUGUAUGGAACUCCAGCAUCUGUUCAGCAAGGUUACCUUAACUUUGCAGCUAGUAAAGUUGGAAGCAUCUUAAACAUUUAUGAAAGAGCUUUGGGAGUCAAUUAUCCACUCAGUAAAAUGGAUCAUGCAGCAUUAACUCAAAUGAGCUGGUUGAAGGUCUACGCUAUGGAACAUUUUGGUCUUAUUACUUAUUAUGAACGUGAAUUACAGUUAGAUCCAGCAUAUCCAGAAUUUUACAGACGUCCACUUGAAGACAGAAUGAUAUCCUUAAUUUCUGGUCAGUUCUCAUAUCAAUGGUUUGGAAAUACAGUAUCACCAAAAUGGUGGACAUAUGUGUGGCUCAGUGAAGGAUUCUCGACAUUCUUUGAAGCUUUUCUUCCUUAUUUAUUGUCACCAGAAGAGAACUCGAUGGAUAUGUUCUUUGAAGACUUCACACCAUCUGCAUUUAAUGCUGAUCAACGAGAGCCAUGGCCCCUUAACCAAUAUGUCGAGAGUCCGAAUGAACUUAGAAUGAAAUUCAGUCAAAUUGUGUCCAAAAAAGCAGCAUGCAUAAUUAGAAUGUACAAAGAAGUCAUUACGGACGACGUCUUUUUCAUUGGACUUAAUAAAUAUUUAACAGAUAAUUUAAUGAAACCAGUAACUCCAAAUGAACUUCAUGCAGCACUUCAGUCAGUUUACGAUGCAGCAUUUACAGCACCAUUGAAUGUAGCCAAAUCCAUGGGUACAUGGGAAGAUCAGCCAGGAUAUCCAGUCGUUCAUGUAUCAGUUGAUGGAAAUGAAAUCACAUUCAAGCAAAGAAGAUAUCCAUUAAACACUGAGGCUAUGAUUUAUUCCAUUCCAAUAACACUUGCCACAAAAACAAAACCAAAUUUCAGCAGUAAAGCCACAAAAGUCUGGCUUGACAGUGAAACUGAGUCAGUUCUUCAAGUUCAGAUAGAUUUUACUCCUGGUGACUGGAUGGUCGUGAAUCUUGAUCAAGUCGGAUAUUACAAAGUUGAUUAUGACUUAGUCUUAUGGCGUGCAAUCAUUAACCAACUAUAUGCCGACCACAAUGUGAUUAAUCGAAUUAAUCGAGCAGUUCUGUUCCAAGAAUUUGACUUGGCGAGAAGUGAGCUUAAACGUGUUUAUGGAGUUGAUAGCUUGGGCAUGAUCAAUUACUUAGGCAAGGAAAAAGAUUCAACAAUUUGGAAUCGAGCUCAAUCCACUUUAAGUGACAUAAACUUCAAAUUAUUUGGCACAGCUGCUUAUAAUGAAUUCUAUGGAUUACUUCGUAACAUUACAAAGCCACAUAUUCUCGAAAUUGGAUAUGAAGGACGUGAUGGAGAAGAUUCAAAUACUAUAGCACUCAGAGGAUACACAGUUCAAUGGAAUUGUCUUGCUGUUGAUGGCGAUUGUGUUGCUAGAGAUUUAUCAGCUCUCUUGGUGCACAGAAUGGGACUUGCUGAUGCUAACUUUGAUUUCUGCAAUGCAUUAAAAGUCACUGACCGAACUACUUAUGCUGAAAUACUCCAUGAUAUCAUAACUGAUAGGAAUGUAGCGUAUAGAAAUAAUUAUUUAUUCAACAUGGGAUGUUCCUUAGUACCUGAUAAUUUGGAUAGAUUGUUGGAAGCAGCUUUGGAUGGUGAUAAUGGCUUGAUGAGCUUUGAAAGAUGGUCUUUUGUUGAUACGAUGUCGACUCAAAGUAACAUUGGAUUAGGAAAGAGUUUAGACUUCUUGGAUAGGAAUUAUGUGAAGUUUUAUAAUCUGACUGGAGAGUUCCGUCUAUCACUUAUAGCUGAAAGAGUUAAGGAUGACGCAAUGGUCACCAAAUUCAAAAACUUGAUAGACAAAUUAUCAACAACUAAUGUUAUUGAUACAGAUAAUAAGGACGUGUACUUAAAAGCAGUAGAAGAAAAUCAGGAGUGGCUUAAAGCAAAUUAUUAUGAUAUUUUGGACUUCCUUGGACUUGAAGUACCAGCAACAACGACAACAACAGAAGCACCUCCAACAACACCAGGCAGUGGAAAUUCAAUGGUUCUGUCGCUUAGUUUAGUUUUUGUCUGCACAGUUAUUAAUUUUUUGAAAAAUUGAUAAAGUUAAUGUAGAAACUUAAUUAAAAAGUUGAAAAAAAAAU